CUGUAGUCAUUAAAUCGAAAUAUCUUACUGUGAUUUUCAUUAACGAUCGUCGCGAAAAGACAAGGGAUUAUUAUAUGAAGGACGCGUCGUCGUUCAGAUCGAUUGUCACGCAUAAUCACGUUCAUGAGAUCAACAAAUAUGUUCCGGAGUUGUCAAGCGUCUCCGAUGUGUUAGUUGUGGGGGAGGUCGAGGAUCAGGUCUUUGCUACGUUGCUUUGAGAAGCAUUCGAUUUAAUCGGCGGGAAAAAUCAGGCCGGUUUAUGUCAAGUGCCGAGUGAAAACUUUCACUCGUGUACGCAGGAACGACUGAUCGUUUGGUGAGGAAGACGGUGUGCGGGGUACGGGUAAGUGCUAAGAGCAUCGUGAUUGCGGAUACGCGAUAUUAUGAUCUACGAAAUAAUAAAGCAUCAGUGUUCGUAUCACAGGAGGAUGCUAGUUUUCCGAUUUUUGCGAUAUCAGAUAUUUGAUAAACGUAUGGUGAAAAGUAUUGUGUGAUCAAUAAUAAGUAUUAAAAUAAUCAGCAAUAUGUUCAGUUUUCACAAACCCAAAGUUUAUCGAUCCAGUACCGGAUGUUGUAUUUGCAAAGCUAAAUCUAGCAGUUCAAGAUUUACUGAUAGCAAAAAAUACGAAGAAGAUUUUAUAAAAUGUUUUCAAUUGGAAGAAAAACGCACUGGGGAAAUUUGUAAUGCUUGUGUAUUGUUAGUUAAGAGAUGGAAAAAGUUACCAGCUGGAAGUAAUCGCAACUGGAGACAUGUUGUAGAUGCUCGUGCAGGGCCUGGAAUUAAAUCGUUGACUAAAUUUAAAUCCAAAAAUAAAAAAAAACUUAAAGACGCACCCGAGAAGUUUGAAAAAAUCAUGAAAAAGAAAAGCAACAUUUAUUUGAAACCGGAAACAGAACGUGAACAAAAUCUUUCAAUGAUUGUUGAUCUGGUUGAAAAUUAUGUGCCAGAAAAUGGUAGCAAGUGUUUCAGUAGAACAGAUAGUCCCAUUGACAGCGACGAUAUUCCUACAGUUGAUAAAUCAUUAGACAUUGCUCAAGAGGUUACCAAUGCAAAAGAUGAUUUAUCUCUUAAUGGUUUCAUUGAUUUAUCUUAUUUCAAAAGGGAAGACAUUUGCUGUGGAACAAUAUUCAAAGGGCUAUAUGGAGAAGUUAUAGUAGACCCAUCAUUAAUAAAACCAUGUACAGGUUGUCUAAACAACAGUUUGUCUAAACAAAGGCAGCAACAGUCAAAUGUGCUAAGAAAUAGUCCAGCGCAUAGUUCUGCAUCGGCAAGUCCUGUUCAUAGUUCUGCAUCGGCUAGUCCUACCCACAGCGUAGAAUCAGGUCUAGAUUCGACAGUGACCAAACAAACAAGUAAAUAUAGUGAUUCGUCUUCUGAUUCUGGAUAUGAUGAGUCUUCUAAUCAAGGGGUUGGUGAGGGUAAAAUUACGAAAGUAAUUAUGAAUGUUAAUCCCAACCUUAAACCAAUUGUUAAAACGCAACCAAUAAAGAGUGUACAGUUAAAAGCUAUCCCUGUCGUAUCGGAAUCUGUCAGGUUAAAGUCAGAUGUGCCAAUUAAAUUGGUGCCUAUUAAACAAAUAGACCAACUCUCUUGUAAGCCAUUAUCUUUAGUAUCGUCAACCAAUGUUACUUUAAGCGGUAGCUCACAUACUAUUGUUACUGUCCCUGCCAACCCACUUGUUGAUUUUGCAAUGCAUGCGACUCCUUCUAGACAAUCUGUUUCUAAUUAAUGUCAAUUAUCUUAUAGCGGUUUAAUUUAUUAUUUGUUUCUUUUUUUUCUUAUAUAGGUAAAGAUAUAUGUUAUGAAACUAACAAACUUAUUUUUUAAACAUGCUACCAUCAUUACCCAGACUACAAAGGCUAUGGAAGGAUGUAUUUAGAAUUUUGUAUUUUAAAUACGAUUCAAGAGUUUAUAAUGUUAUGAAUGGGAAUAACUGAUUUCUUAACUAGGGUAAUUGUUAUGACAUGAAUUAGAUAAGUAGUGCUCUUAGAAGAAGAAAAAAAAAAAGAAAAGAAGAAGAAUUGUAAGAAGUUUUUAUUCUUACUUGUUACAAGUUGAUACAAAUAUUUGUAACUAUCUAUGAUACCAAUAACUUUAUACGAAUAACAAUGUUGAAAUUCGUUUUACACUUUUGAAGUAGUUGUAAAAGAAAAAGAAAAAAAAAGGAAAAGGAACAAUCGAAUAAGAUCAUAAAAUUUUUAUCGACUAUCGUUUGUAGAAUACUUAGAGAGAGCGUGUUAUAAACUGCCAUAUCUUAUAAAUUGCUAACCUCUUAGAAAUUCGAUAAAUUUUCUGAAAGGUUAUCAAUUUUUCCUUCAAAUAUAAUAUAAGCUGUAUGCGUUUAAUUAUCAUUAUAAAAAAAAUAUUCUAAGGAUAUAUAAGUAUUGACUCAGUGAGAAAGCAGAUGGCAGUUUAUUACAUCUCUGGUCUGAAUGCAUUUAUAAGAGUACUAUUAAAUAAUAUUCAAAGUUUAUCCAUCCACAGCUUCAGUUUUCUGGGUGAAUCUUUGCAAUCGUAUAUGCGAAUACUUUAUGUGGAUGUCCCAAAAUGCCAAUUUUUAAAUGUUCGGGUCCAAAAAUU